AUGGCAUCGCGGGCUCUGGCUCUGGCUCUGGUCCUGGCGUUGUGGGGCUGGGUGCCUGGUCCUGCGGGGGCCGAGGACGCCAUGGGCCCUCACGCAGCCGUCCGCCUGGCGGAGUUGCUGACCCCGGAGGAGUGCGGCCAUUUCCGGUCACUCCUGGAGGCUCCUGAGCCUGACGUCGAGGCCGAGCUGGCCAGACUGUCUGAGGACCGGCUGGCGCGGGCCGACCGGCUGGAGCCCAUGGAGUCGUCGGAGUCGCGGGGUCGGCGGCGGCGGCGGCGGCGGCGGCAGGUGGAGGAGGACUCGGCGGGCCAGCCAGCAGAGCCCGAGGAGGUCUCGGACGGCUGCCGGGAGGCGCUGGCGGACUGGCUGGCUGCCGAGGCCCCGUCCCUGUCUUGGGACCGCGUGGCCCGGGCUCUGCGGCGCAGUGGCCGGCCGGACGUGGCCCGGGAGCUGGGCAAGAGCCUCCACCAGCAGGCGACGCUGCAGCUGCGCAAGUUCGGGGAGCGCUACCUGCCGCCGUCAGGCGCCGCCGCCCCAGCCGCCGCCCCAGGGCCCCCGGCCCCGCGCUCCCGCCGCGCCUCGGUCCCCGAGCUCAACUGGGACAAGUUGGAGCUGAUCGUGGAGCGACUGCCGCAGCCCCCGUACGAGCGGAGCCCCACCGGCUGGGCCGGGCCGCUGGUGCUCGGCCUCCUCACCGGAUUCGUGGGGGCUCUGGGCACCGGGGCGCUGCUCAUUCUGCUCACGCUGUGGAUCACGGGCGGCGGCAGCGACGGCGACGGGGCGCGGCCUGGCUGCCCCAGCCCGCCCACCACUCCCGAGGCGCACGGACCGUGGGAAACAAAGUGGCUUCUGGGCUUAGAGCACCUGGGGCCUAGGCCCCAUCAGCCUGGGCCUCAGUGCCCCUAG